AAAUUUGGAAUGUGUAUUUGAUAUACAUAAAUGCCCAAAAAUUAUUAUUAAAAAAAAAUAAAGACAGGAAACAGCUGUUGUUCAGAUAUCCAAAACAUAGAGAUUUAGAAGAAAAUUGGACACAGAAUAAGAGAUUGAAAGAAUUCAAAUCAAAUUAUUAAAAACAUUAAUUAACCUCACUUUUAAGUAAAAAGCAGUGUUUAGAAGAUGUUUAAAUCUUUUCAAAAUGCGUAUAAAUCAUUUAACAUUCAACAACUGAGAUACUCGACAAUUUUACCGAAAAAUGAAAUAUCUCCAAUUAUAACUAACAGAAAUCCUAGAAAUUUGGAAAGAUUAAGGAUAGGUUACAAACCAGACGGGUACCAUUUAGAUGCCCCCGGUAAACGAUAUUGGCAUAAGUUGCUUAUAAAUGUUUCAGGGAAAUAUAUUAGGGCAUCUAUACAGCAUUUUCAAAAUGGUGAAAUUAUUUCAGCAAGUACAUCGGAAUGGUCAAUAAAAAAACAACUGUAUAGAACAAUAGACACAUGUGCUUACACAAAUCUAGGAAGGGUUUUAGCCCAAAGAUGUCUACAAGCUGGAUUAAUAGAAAUAAGUUGUUUCAUUAAACCUAGUAGGCCUGAUGAUAAAAUUGCUUUAUUUUUGAAAGCUUUAGAAGAAGGGGGUGUAUCUUUAACUGAACAACCACAAUUUAAAGCAAGUAUGCCUUGGGAUCUAGAACGACCAGAAAAACCUUGGGAAGUUACAGAAUAGUUUUUAUUGUUAAUUGUUAAAUAUUUU